AUGUGUCACGGUCAGAUGACGGUGGACGAUAGUUCCGAGCCUGUCCUUGGCCCCUUGCACAGUAUCAUCAUAAUCAUCAUAGUCAACAUCAUCACCACCACCACAAAGGUUCCCGUAAAAUCCCGGCACGCGAGUGGGGCAUCACUGGGUGGGCCUCAAGGAAACCCCACCAGACACGGCUCACCGCUUUCAUCUGCCAGGAGCUCGGCCUGCAGGAAUAAAGCGGUGAGUCGGGGCGCUUACGCUUUUGAGAAGGUCGGAAAAGGAUGGACAACAGAAAGGUCGAACCCUGGCAAAUUCGAUUCGUUCACUAUCUCUUACUGGGUGCUUGAUCCACUUUCCGAGCCAUGCAGCGGUCCGACCCAGUCAACGCCUCAACUUGUCCUGUAUCUCAUGGAAGGAUGUUAUGAGCUUGCAGGUUCAGGAACGACGCGAGAUGUUGACGACGACCUGCCAGUUGGUCGAAAGGGUGUCGAUAACUUGGGAACAACUCGCUUGGGGUUUCAUCUAUCAGGCAAUAUCGAGCACCUGCGCUCGCUUUUCUCCGGCGGGAGCGUGUCCUCCAUACCUUUGGUGAUUCGCUACCCGUUCUAUUUCCUCCUUUGCACCAAAGAUGCAGUCGAUCAGCUUCGUCGUGAAGGUCAGGCGCGUCCAACUCCACCAGGUACCGUUGCAGGAAAUCAGGAACCUCUUCCCCGAAACCCCGGCCCUUACACUAGCAAGCGUCGGCAGCCAUCCCAGGCUAGGAAGUGGAAGAAAAAGAUGUCAACCAUCACCGUCUCGGUGCCGUUGGGGAUUGAUCUUGAUCCCCGUGGAAGGAUUUCUUGA